UUCUGUUCCUCCCCUGGAUUUUUUUUCCUUUUUACAUGGAGAACCCUUCGUAUCCAGAAGAAGAUUCCACCACACCAUCGCCCGACACCGGACUCAACCUCCCCAAAUCUGACAUCAAGUCCGGGGGUACCAGACACCCGGUAUACCGGGGCGUCAGAAAACGCCGGUGGGGGAAAUGGGUGUCCGAAAUCCGAGAGCCUCGGAAGAAGUCUAGGAUAUGGCUGGGCUCCUUCCCCACCCCGGAGAUGGCCGCCAGGGCUUACGACGUCGCUGCUUAUUGCCUCAGGGGACAUAAAGCGCUUCUCAAUUUCCCGGAGGAAGUCGAAUUACUCCCCCGCCCAUCCACGUGCACGGCUAGAGAUAUCCAGACAGCAGCGGCAGCGGCAGCUGCAGCUGCAGCCAUAAUGUCUGGGAGCAAGAAAACCAACACCAAUAACGAGAAAUCGGACAGCGAUGGCGAUGGCGACGACUUCUGGGCUGAAAUUGAGUUGCCGGAGUUGAUUAACUUUGGGACGCAGGUUUGGUCGGGGACAGUGGCAGAGAAUUCUUCGGAAUUGUGUCAUUAUUAUAAUUGGAGCGAUGCAACUUGGAUGGAUUGAAUGUGUAGCGCUCUUCUCCAACAAUACCAUAUGUUGUGGCUCUGAUGCAUCCCUCCAAAGUCCAAAUUAACCCUUUGCGCUACUCGUAUGCACUACUACUAGUCUACUACAGAAUAAGUAGUAAGUGACGACACCAUUUUUAUUCCAUUCGGAUGGUUUAAUUUAUAUCGUCAGUUCCUUUUUUUUUUUUCUUCUUCUUCUUUUGCUCAAGUGUAAUUACUUCUUCAUUAUUAUCAAAUAAAAUUAACUCCUUUCUGGCCCCUUCCUACGUCCUCCUACGUAGUUGGGGAUCGAAGAAGAAAAGAGGUCACUUCAUAAAUCU